AUGGCUGAAGUUUCUGAUAAUGGGGAGUCAUUGAGAGGCAACAACAUUGACAGUAUAUCCCGCAGUAUAGGCACCAUAAGAAAUGUCUCCAUUCAAAUAACCAAUUUCACAGACAGGUACACCUUAUCAAACCCAAGGACCUACACUAGCAGUGGAUAUUGUCAUAAUCCUCCUCAGCCUACAGUAGCAAGAAAGACCAGUGAAACCUGCACCUUUACCAAAACACACUCAACGGCACAUGGUUGUGUUGGAGUCCUGGUAUACAAGAUCCUUAAAGAUGAAGAGAACUUUGUUGGGGAACUUGUCCUAAUGUUUUCUGUGCCUUUUGACUACAAUUUCUAUGAAAACUAUUUAGCUCUUGGAAUUUAUGAAAACCAUGUUUCAUGUAAUUCUGAUCUGUUUUCUGAAAUGUAUUACGCGAAAGGUACAUUUACCAGGGAAAAGGCUACAGGAAGUGAAGUCAUGUAUUCUGGACAAGGAAUUUGUGUGAAGGGAACAAUGUCUCCUGCAGGCAAGGCAAUAAUGAAAAGUUGAUUUUCAAGAUUUUUAAACAUCAAAACUAGUCAGACAUGAGCAAAACGCAGCACAUUCAACAUCAGGGGGCCAGUGACGGAUGAAUAUGUCUAUAAACUAAUACACUCCUAUACUAAACUCUAUAACAGUAAUUUCUCUGUUGCAAUGUUGAAUAUUUCCUGUCAGUCUAUUUAUUUCUAUCUUACUGUACAUUAACAUUCUCAUUAAUCUCUCAGUGCAAUACAUU